UGAUUUUUUCAAACUCAAGCUCGCUUGCAAACUCUUUUUCUCAUUUCUGCAGUGCUUGAAGCAUUGGAAAACCGAAUAAUGGGAAGGCAACCCUGUUGUGACAAGGUCGGGCUGAAGCGCGGUCCGUGGACUAUCGAGGAAGACCAUAAGCUCAUAAGCUUCAUCAUGAAUAAUGGCAUCCAUUGCUGGAGGACGAUUCCUAAACUUGCAGGUUUGCUGAGAUGUGGCAAGAGUUGCAGAUUGAGGUGGAUCAAUUACUUGAGGCCUGAUGUUAAGAGAGGCGGUUUCACUGAGCCGGAGGAAGAUCAAAUCAUUCAACUUCAUUCACGUCUUGGCAACAGAUGGUCCAAGAUUGCUUCGCAUUUUCCGGGUCGCACCGACAAUGAGAUCAAGAACCAUUGGAACACCAGAAUCAAGAAGAAGCUGAAGCUUCUCGGGCUAGACCCAGUGACCCACCAGCCGAUUCAAGAAGACGAAAACAAUGCACAAGAGAUCGUAAACGAGACAGACGUGGACCCGAAUUCAAUUACAGAAGGAAGCUCGCACAGUGAUGAUAAACCCACGGUAUUAGAGGCUGAUCAAGACAAGGUGGAGGCUUUUUCAAUGGAGGAUGAGAUCGGACUAAUGACGUUCGAAGAAACUGCCAACCUGCUGGAGAAUUUCGAGUGGUUGUGUGGAAGCUUCAAUGAAGAUCAAGAAGGGUCACGGAGAAAUCAGCAAGAAAUGGACACCCAUGUUUCGCAGAGUUCAUCAUCUUCUGUGGAAGAUUCUCAUUUGCUUCAGCAACAUCAGCAACAACAGCAGCAACAAUGGGUUGAUAGCGGGGAGUCUGUAGUGUCAUGGGAUGGGCUUGAUUACUUAGAACAAGAGCUUUUCUUCUUGGAAAAUGGAGAGUUACCAUGAACAUACUACACACUUUUUUCCUUCUGUUUAGUGAACUUCGUAAUUUUUCAUCACGUCGUCGAAGAUUGGAACACGUACCGAUUGUGAUAGCUACUAGUGUCUACUUUUUACUUCAUUACGCUUCUUCAUAUCACGGGUCCUCUCUUUGUACUUG